GAGACAGAGAGAGAAAGAGAGAGGGAGAGAGAGAAAAGAAACUCGCGAAGCGGCAGCAACAGAGCGACAAACGGAAAGGAGGAAAAGGAGAGAGAGAGAAGGAGGAUCGUGAGGAUCACGCGUGCGGUUCUUUCGGUUGUUAGGUCGUUGUUAUACAGGUUCUUAAAGAUCCCGUCGUCGCUCCGUCUCACUUCGGCGCAGCGCGGUGCGCGCGCAAGCCUCGACCGGCAUCCACCAGGCGCCGCUGGAGCUGUGGCCGGCCUCGGCCUACGCGAGCGGGCCGCUCAGUCUAAUUUGAACCGUCGCGCGCGCCCGACGCGGGGCCACCGACGAUCUCUCUCCCUUCCUCCGGCUCUCGUGACACGCGAGGUAGGCGCCUCGUGUGUGCAUGCCGCGUGCGACACACGCGACUCGAUCCCCCCGUCAUCGUCGACAUCUCGCCUCGUCUGGAGCCGCGGGGCCGUCUACGCGAGAGGAAGCGGUUUCUCGCGCGCGCGUGCGAGAGAGAGAUAAGAGGAAGAAAAGGGGGUGAAAGUUGCGAGGAACGGAACGGGUGAAAAUAAGUGCGCGCGCGGUUGACAAUUGCAUUAUCGGCGAAAGUGCUCCGCUCCCAGGUACGGGAAGAUCGUACGCGACGGGACGCGCGCGCGCGCGCGAGAGUGGUGAACGAGAGCGGCGCGCUAGAAAAAAAAAAAAAGAGUGCCGUAAGUGUGAAUAGAGUGUAGAAGAGCGAACGAACGAGCGGGCGGCCGCGAAAGCCGAGAGAGCAGAGCAGGCGUCUCGUGGGUAUAUUUAAAUAGUGUCUCGGCUGGUCAGAGAGGAAGCCGACGCUCUCUUCGUCGUCGUCGUCGUCGUAUUCCUUCUUUUCGUCUCCCGGCUCUCUCCCUAUUUUGCUUUUCCCGCUUUAUCGAGCGCAACGCGACUCGCGAAGUUGCGAGAGGGUGACAAGACAAUCGCGGAAUUCCAUUCGACUCGAUGUCGGAUCGGAGGGGGAUCGACGUGAUUCCGAUAGUCGCGGGUGAUCUCUGCAAAAUCCAUCGGUUCCGUCUGCCUGCUAACGCGAAUGAACACGAGGAUUAGAGAAACUUACUUGUCGUCGUUCGGAAUUUGUCGACCGUCAAGAAUCAGGAUCCGAUCUCGCGCGGAAUAAUUGUGGAAGGAAUUUGGAACUUGCGGUGAUCGACGAGACCGUCCUGGCUCAAGUCCUGGCUCAGAAUGAUCGUGCCGAUCGCGAAUCAUAAUGAUCAGAAUCUAUAAAAGAUCGAUACUGGUUGUCGCGUCAGCGAUCGUCGCAGCCGCCGGUCGGGAUCAUCUGCGAUAAUACAACACCUUCUCGAGGAGAGAAAGGAAGAUAGAAAAAAAAAAGAGAGAAGAAGAGAGAGAGACAGAAGCGGCCGCAUGGCUGCUACCUUUGCCGGCUUCGAGGAUGAGGAGAAUGAUAUCGCGUAGGAUGAAGACGAAUGUCGAAGAAGCCGCGACGUUCCAUUAUCGAUGGUACAGCAUCUCGUGAGAAGCCUGAAGAUCCGGAAGAGCAAGCCGAGAAGAUAGAGAAUCCGAUUUUGGUGGCUAUUCGAACGAGGGGGAACGGAUAACGGAGUCGAGUCGUGUCUGUUACAAGCGAGUGACCAAUAAUCGCUCGGGGAAGCAGCGAGAAGGUCGAAUCGAAGAAGCAGGACUUGGUUAAACAUAGGACUCGCAAGUGUUGACAGCGAAGUGAAAGGGGCUCGCUCUCCGAGCUCGAGGAGGAGGAGGAAGAGGAGGAGGAGAAGAAGGAAGAGGCGAGAAGCGCGUGCCUCUGUGCGAGUCGGGGUGACCGAGGCGUCGACCUCACCCCCGAAUCAUACCGCUAACCAGGUUGGAUGAUGUGGGCGCCUCUGCUUUUGGCCGGGUUCUUAAGCGGCUGGUGGGGCGCACUGGCGCUCGCUGCGGCACCCCCCGCCAUUCGGGACACCCUCGGGGCGACGACGAGCAGCAUCACCGAGACGAGGCAUUAUCGUCCACCGUCGAUGAGCGUCGUGGACGGGGACGCGCGCGAAAUCACGGAGCACCGUCGCUACUCGUCGUCCGACGUUCGUCCUGCUCGUCGCGACCUUGACAAGGUCCCGUUGAUCGAGCCGAGGCCAGUGGACCAGGAAGAAGGAUUCUCCUCCAAGCGGAUAGAACGUUCUCCGGAGGAUGACGUGCGACAGAUCCACGAAGAGUCGUCGCGCGAGACGGAUCUCGGGACCUCGGUCACGUCGAAUCCCACGCAAACGGUGGAUCCCGCGAAGGGGACAGAUGAGCGUGUCCCCCGCGCCUUUCACCCGGAGAUAAACGAGUCCGGUCUGACUCGCGCGCCCCGUCACUCCUCGACGCAGGCACCCUUUACGCCGUUCGUGGCGUCGACACCGGCGGAAUCGUCGAUGGAGCGGCCGCGAAUCGCUAGAUCGGUCAAGCAACGACCAAAGAACCGCGUCAAGGCGGACUCGCCGCGCGAGCAGCGACGUCGAUGCAGGAACAAGGAACGGAGCUGCCGCGGUCAGAAUUGGUGCCCCGACAUGGACAUUGGCAAUCGGGCCUACCUGGCGCCCACCGUGUUCGAAGGUAAAGUCCGCAGCAUGUCCUCGCUGAGGAAGCCCGGCUCCAACUACGCGGUGACCUUCGAGGUGAAGCAGGUCUUCAAGAGCCAGCCGGGCUUCCAGCCGCUGCAGAAGAACGACAGCGUGCGACUGCACUUUCGCGACAAAUCGGCUCCCGGCAAGUCGACCGUGUGCAACGGCCACGAGACCGGCAAGCAACAGCAGCAACAGCAGCAGCGCGAUAAUCCGAGUGGUGUGGUGCGAGCCAAUAUUAAAAGGGGCAAAGUGUAUCUAGUGUUUGUGAACCGCGUGGGACCCAGGAAUUUCACGAUCCUCGGCCCGCCGGUGGUUCGGAACAGGAAAAACGAGCAGGCCGUCCAGGCUGUCGUUCGACCAGAUUACGUGCGAGAAGUUACGUUGUCCGAACUCAGGGACUCGAUAGCGAGGUUACGGGAGAGAGUGAAGCUAGUAUGCAGGACGAGGGGCUCGCCGCCCCCGAGAGUGCACUGGUUGAAGGACGGUGUACCGCUGCACCCCCGAAGAGGCCUCAGGAUUCAGCACAAACGGCGGAGAUCGAAAGUCGUGAUAUCCUCCGCGAAGCCUGAGGAUAGUGGCAGAUACGAAUGCGUGGCUGAGAGUACUUCCGGUCAUCGGGCUUCACUCGCAGCUCAACUUCUAGUCGCUCAUGAUACCAGAAUUGCGGAAACAACGACAGCGGCAUGGCCGCGGCAGGAGCAGCCCUGUCCGAUAGCAGGAGACUUUUGCAUGAACGGUGGUACCUGCCUAUUUUUCGAGACCGUCGGUGAACCGGCAUGCAGAUGCGCAGAGGGUUUCACGGGUCUACGGUGCGAGACGAAGGACGUCAUCAGCACCGGAAGUGUGUAUAAUCCGCGUAUGCUGCCCUUUUCCUGCAAGCUGGGACUCUCUACCUCGUACUACUGCUAGCGAUAAUCGCGCGGGGCCCUUUAAACACAUGAGUAGACCCUUUUUUUUACCCUUACGGUGUACUUGGAACCCACGAGAUAGAGUCGUGAGAGGGCCAACGCGCGACCAAAGAGGGGAGGGAAAAUCAUGCGAAUGAAGAAAAUUAGAUGGAAAUAGAGAGAGACACAAAGACAGAAGAAACGAUGACGGGGACGAGGCGUUUAGGCGAGGAAUCGACAAGAGAAAGAGAGAACAAGAAAGUUAGAAAUUUCGGACGAAUUUCGGUUCCGUCGAUCUCGGGCAUUAGGACAGGUCCUGCGUAUUCCUUAUACGGGAACAGGUUCCAAAAUAGUUCGGACCGGGCAUUCGUACCUUCUUUAAUAACUAAUGUUACUUUUACAUCUUUUCCUUCUUCUUCCUUUUACAUUUAUCAUUUUUCUUCUACUUUUAUCUUAUCUGCCUUCUUCCUUAUUCUUCCUCUUGUAUAUUUUUCCAUUCCUUUUUGUUUUAUUAUUCCUGUCAUUUCUUGUUUUUCUUCUUCUUUUUUUUCGUUAUUAUCAAUACUUUCCUUCUAGAAAAUGUCACUACGCGACGUGCUCGCGCUUCCGCGUAAAGUUCUCCGGAAAGAGGGAGAAUGGAAAUAAUAGAAAGAAUGGACGAGGGAUCAUGAAUAUGAAAAUGAGCGUGUGAAAGGGGGCAAGAGAAAAAGGGAAAAGAGAGCUCUCGACUCUCUCGAUGCUCCUUUCGGUCGUAUAAUCGGGAAGAGCUUUCAAGCUCUAUCGCAGAUUCGAACGGCAAAUGCUUGACCUCGAGAACGAGGACGUGGAAGCGUGGCCGGAGAAACGCGCACUCGUGUGUGUCGCACACUUCUCCGGGGUCUCCGUGAACAGGAGAACAAUACCAAAGAGCCCAGGGUCUCGAUCAAGGACGACGAGCGCGACUACGACGGUGUAUUGUCACCUGAAGAUGAUCAGGAUGACGCGAAGGAUCCUCGCUUCUCCUCCUCUCGAUUUUUCUUUUAACGUGAUCAACAUAUAUCGAGCAAAUAUUGAAUCGAUUUUUAGUAAGAUUGCGCCAAGGAAAGAAGGUUAAAGAAAAAGUGACACAAAGUUCUUGACUUCGCGUACAAGAAACAUCUUAAUUGAUUGAUGAAAUUUUAUUUUGAUCAAUACAGAGACAAUUCUCUUCCGAUUUAAUAGAGCAAAGAGUAUGAGACAUGAAAUAUUAAUAUCAUCUGUUUCCUUGGAUUCUGCUAAAACAAUCCCUAUAAGCCGAAAAUAGUUUCUGUGAAUAAAACUUACGGUCUGCUAAACAAUCUAUCUUUUUCUUUGAUUUUUCUUUUCUAGCAAGUUUAUUGUUUCAUGGCUCGGUUUUAUUGAAAUCGUGGAACGUAGGGCUAAGAAAACUUGGCAGCCGCGGCAUGUUCGUUGCUAUUGAAAGGCUAGAAUGUAAAAAAGAAUAAUGCGAGCGUUGAAUGGAAAUCUACUUUUACGUUUUCCAUUUUACUUCGAAAGGAACAAAGUCGGAAAUAAUUUCAGUAUAUUUCUGUUGGGAAAAAUACAUAAAAAUGUCCAGAAAAACAAUUAUUCAGAGAAUACGUUAAUUAGUGAAAUCUCAAUGACAAAAUCUGAAAUUUUGAUACAGUAAAUCACUACGAAAAUCAAUUGUUUUUUAUGAUGGUAUAAAUCAUUGAUAUGAGAUAAGUGAUUUCGAAUUAUGAAUAAUAAUUUAAAAUAUGUUGAACGUAAAAGACAUGACAGCCAUUGUGGCAGUAUUUUAAAUAGAAAAAUCAAUUUUUCGCCAGAAACUAACAAUUUUCAACUAUGCUGUUGCAGCAACAUUUCCAAAGUUUUCAGAACCAAUCGUUUGUCAUUGUAUAAAGAAAUGACGCGAAAGGAGGAGAAGGAAAUUGGCCAGUCAGCGAUCGAGUCACGGGGAAGAGACCAUGGGGCAAAAACAAUUUAAUGUAAAAUACGAUAGUUUAACGCACUAGAUUAGCUAAAAAGCAGAGAUGUAGGAUAGAUAAAAGAGAAAACGAGAAAGAAAGGGUGAGAAAAUAACGAAGGGAGGAAACCACGAGAGCGAUGGUGAAUCCUCAUCUCGAUGAGACGGGAGACGCGGAGUGAUCGAGAGGUUUUUGACAAGAAUAACAAUCCGACCUCAAAAAUAUUCUCCGUCUUUAAAAUGCGCGAUACGUGGAGAAGCAUUUAUAAAAUAUCCACAAUUAUCCAUUUUUAUUUCCAUUUUAAUUAAAAAUUUGUAAAAAAGAGAAGAAGGGAAUAUUAAUAAUAUCAUGGAAAGAGACGGAUAUUUUAUGGAAUCGAGUUGGAUAAACCUUUGAAAAGAAUUGUAUCUAGAGACGAAUAAUGAUCUCAAAAUAAUGAUUUCAAAAAUCUCGACGAUGAUGACUUCCGUGCGCGAGCAAAAAUGGUGAGCACAUGGGAAGGGAGCGAGGGAUGCACGCUAUGCUCCAGCAGUCUCGG